GGACUCAACGGCAGCGGGAAAAGCACCUGCGCGGGGUUGUUGGAGCGAUUCUACGAGCCCGGGGCCGGGGAGGUGCUGCUGGAUGGGGUGCCGCUGCGGGACUACGAGCACCGCUACCUGCACCGCCAGGUGGCGUUGGUGGGGCAGGAGCCUGUGCUUUUCUCCGGCACCAUCCGAGACAACAUCGCGUUCGGGCUGGAGGGCUGCGGGGAAGAGGAGGUGAGGGCGGCUGCUGCUGCUGCUGGUGCCCUGGGCUUCAUCUUGGCGCUGGACCGGGGCUUUGAGAGCGAUGUAGGGGAGAAAGGGGGGCAGCUCUCAGCGGGGGAGAAGCAGCGUAUCGCCAUUGCCCGG